AUGGCUAAGAUCCGGGUCUCGUAUGAGUACUCGGAGGCGGAGGACCGCAGCAUUCGGCUCGGCCUCUUCCUGAUCGCUUGCGGCGUGCUGUCGCUCUUCAUCCUGUGCUUGUGCUGGCUGAACCCGGCGCUGCAGAGUCUGCGCAGCCGCCCGGCCAACUGCACGGUGCUGAGCGUGCGCCGCCUGGACGAGCGCUUCGAGUGCGUGUUCACGUGCGGCGCGGACUGUCGCGGCACGUCGCUGUACCCCUGCCUGCAGAUUUUCGUCAACAACUCGGCAUCCGGCGCCGCCGCGCUGCUCCACUACGACGAACAGCAGCUGCUGCUCAACCCCAAGGUAAUGCUGACAUAUCUAAAAGUUCAGACUGGCAGAUUGUCAUGAUCCCAGCAUGGAUUAAAUUCUAGCAUCCACCUGAUCCACAGGUUCUCAACCAGGUCCUGGAGAACCCUCUGUCCUGUCCUGUCCUGUCCUGCACAUCUGUACUGCUCCAAGCACACC